CAUAUAAUUAAUUUUUCUGUAAACCUCGGCAUGUGAAAGAAGAGUCUUAAAAAAAAAGAGGCAGCUAAAAUUGGAGAAGUUAAAAUAUAUACCCGUCAUUAAAACCAUACUAUAUCAAAUCUAUAACCAUCAAGUAACAUCAGGUAUGGCUACUAGUGUAUUGCCCAUAAUCAAUACAACCAGUACUAGUGGAAAGUUAAGUCUUAUGCAUGAUCAUCACAACAAUCAGAAUAAAAACCAAGAGAUUAUUGAUAGAUUACUUGAAUUAGCUAAACAAGAACAAGAAAGAGGCAAUAAAUCAGUUACUGAAGAUAAACUUAAUAAAUUAUCCCAAUUUUUAGCCAAACAACUGGAAGCAAAGAGUAGUAAUAGUGUUAAGGAAGGUCAAUCAUUUGAAAAGUUUAAUAAAUUACCAUCUAUACCCAAACCCAAGUAUUCCCCGUUUUUUAAUAAAUUCGAUUUACAUAAAUCAUUAACAUCAAAUACCCAUUCCACUACUUCUUCACCUAAUACCAGUCAAAUCUUACAUAAAGAUAAGAAACCAUUAACUUUCAAGAAACCUGCAUCAUCUAAAUUCUCCUUGAAGAAAUUAGAACAUAUCGUUAUUCAAGUAUUAGAGAAUUUAGCUAAUUUAUUAGAUAAUUUACAUUUAUUUUCUCGAUUACCAAUGUUUCCCCCAACGUUAUUAUCCCUCCUUAAACAAACCAAUAAACUUUGGGUAUUGAUCUUGGUAUUCCUUAUUAGAAAGACCAUCUCCCAAUUAAUCAAUGUGAUAAAGAAAGAGAAUAAAAUCAAGAUUGAAUUAAGUAUUUUAAAUCAAUCAUCCACCAAGAAGAAUUUAAUCAAUAAUGAUGUCAAUAAAAAGUAUAAUAAAGUAUUAAAAGAUUUAAAAUUCGAUAAAAUGAUGUUAAUUCUUGAAUUAGUGGGUAAUUUCCUUGAUUUAACUUUUAAUUCCAUUGAAUUAUGGGGUAUUAUUGUUCCUGAUUGGUUUAUGAGUGUAUUGAAUUUCUCAAGUAUGGCCAUGACGAUUUAUAGAAUGAAUAAAGAUGAUGAGUAUGUUGAUGAUGAUAUCACUGAAGAUUUAAUAUAAGGUAAUUAUUAGUGUCUUAUAGUAUUUAUAGUAAUUAAUAUAAUGGAUUUAUGAUAUAA